CUUGGCGCGCGUGGGCAGCGUGAGCCGAAGAAGACGCUGUGUUCAAAAACGCUCUUGGGAAAGCCACGCUGAGAUGGAGACCAGCUCAAAGCAGUUUCCUUCACACUUGGGGUUAGCUCUCAGGCAGUGGAUGAAGCGGUCUGUAAUGGCACAGGUCCCAGUGGACAACCCGUUGCAGACGUGUGUUUCUUAAGUGGCUUGUGUUUUUAAUACAGUCUUGUAACGUAGCUAGGCUCAGGCACUCCCUAGAUGCAAUAAAAACGAAACUGUUUGUGUGUGAUGUGACUUGUUGCUUCAUUUGGAUGUUUGACCGUCACUGUGCAUAGUGGUGUGACUUAGAUAAGUUUCACAAUAGGCUUUGUUCACAUUCACCAGCUGAAGUUUGCUUGUUCAGUCAGAUUUGGUGACAUUUGCUUCCAGAAUUUGCUGAUAUGUAGUAGGCUUAGAGUCGAUCUGGCAAUGUUUCUGGCUGCCACACAACCCCAAAGUAUAGUAUUUCCAUCCCCAUGCUUAACAGCUGACAAAGGGGAGGUUACUAGGCACUGACUUGGUACCAAGAUGUUGCACAUACCACACAUUUUUGUAAAUAACUUCAAUCGGAAGUACAUAACUUGUACAUAACUUCUUUUCACUUCAAAAAACAACAAAAUAUGCAGUGAUUAUGGAUGGGGAUGAGAUGGAGAUUAGCAAAGAGGAGCUCCAAAAGUGGAUCAGAAAGAAGGUAAAGAAGAAUGACCUGGUUUCCCCAGAUGUGCUAAAGAAAUACAGUCUGCUGCAGUCACUGCUGGAAAGGAGGGAGAAACAGGCUGCCCACCUCCUGAAGCUCUGCGAGUCUGUGGCAGCAUGUGAAGCGACUGUGAAGAAACAAUACUUGUUGCUAGGGUGGGAGUACAGAGACACAGAUUCUGAUGAUGAUGAUGAUGAUGAUGAUGAUGAUGAUAAUAUGAGUGGCUGUGGACGUACACCUCUAUCCCUAUCUGAGUCCGUUCGCUCCGAGUCUCAAGUCUGCCCCCCUCCAGCUACUAAUGGUUGUACUCGUCUGUUACCAAAUCUGCUGGACAGUGAAACUCUGAAUAGAGACGAUGGCAAAAAAAGUUCUUGUACUCUAAUAAAGGAAUCAGUGGUGGUCUUGACCAGACUGCCUGCAUCUAAGAUCAGAGCUCUACGUCCACCACCAUCUCUAAAGCACCAGAGUGAAGAUGAACCCUCAAACAAUUCGGAUUCUGAUGUACAGCGGGUACCAGAAGAUGACUUCUCUCCCUCAAGUUUUAAGUCUGGGUCAAAUAAGCGGAGGAAAGUAGAUCGAAUGUGGAAUGAAACACCUGCUAAGAAUGGGGCAACGCCUAAAGCCAGGACAAGCUCUGAUGCUGAGAGCAAUGCAGCGAAAGAAAAAACAAAAGCACCCCAAGCUAAUAAAAAACCCAAAGACAAGAGCAAGUCAACAACAACAACAACAACAACACCACCACCAGCUGACGACAAUGUCACAGGAGCAAGCCGUGUGUGCAUACUAUCAGCUCUUCGCCAAUCCACGGACAAAGCCACCAAGACCCCUCCUAGCGUGCCACAAGGCGAGCUCCGUGUGUCCAUGAGGGUCCUGGCCAGGAGGAGGGCCAUGAGCUGGCAAAGUGGGAGAAUCGUGGAAAUACUAACAAAGGAAGAUGGUAGGUUGAAAUACAAGGUUCAUUUUGAAGAGAAGGGGAAGAGCCUUGUGUCUGGUCACCACAUCGCCUUUGAUUGUAUGCCAAAGGUGGAGCAUCUGUUUGUCGGUGCUCGUGUGGUGGUCAAGUAUCAAGCAGACCAGUCCCACUUCUCCCCCGGCGUCCUGGCAGAGCUCCCCAGCAGGAAAAACCAAAUGAGGUUCCUGGUCUUUACUGAUGAUCACACACCGGUCUAUGUCGGCUUACCUUUGUUUCACAUGGUGUCCAGACCAUUGACAGAUCCUUGGGACGAUAUUCCAGAUGGCGCCCACAAGGAUUUCAUGAAGGAGUAUUUGAAGAACUGGCCUUACCCACCCAUGACCCAGUACAAGGUUGGACAGCUAAUUAAUGUAGAAUUUAAUGGAGUCCAGCAGAAGUGUGAGGUGCAGGUGACCGACUGCAGCUUGAUAAAGGUUGUUUUUCAGGAAGAUCAACAUAAGGAGUGGAUCUACCGAGGCUCCACGCGCUUGGAGCACAUUAUUAAUAUGAGGAAGCAUUUGGAUUCAAAAAAAAAGAACUCGGAGAAGAAAAAAUCUACAGGCAAUCUCAGGCAGCGGAAAGCUUAAUUCUUACUGUAAAACAAAAUAUUCAGUUAUUUGAGUUAUUCCCAGUCUUAUUUGUCUCCUGUAUUUCUCCGUCUUGUGUCCUUCAGUAUGGUGAAGAACUUGAUUGUGACCACUUUGCAACAAAUCACCUCACAGCCCAUCAAUGUUUGUGCAGGCUCGAUUGGGAUGAUGGACUGGACUCUCAUGUGCUGCUAAUGCUUUUGCCUUGCUGGAGUAUCUGAAAACUGUCAGACACUGAGAUUAUUUGUAUCAUAGUUUUUGUGUUCUUAAAUGAAAAUAAAUUGUCUAAUUUUCUACAAGCUAUUUGGCCGUGUUAACUUAUGAGGGAAGCAGUAACUAUUUUAGCUGUAUGUAAACAUAAAAAGUACAAACCAUGGAAGCCAAUCUCAAAAAUAAUGUUUAAUCCAAAUCUUUACAGCUAAAUCAAAAUUAAGACAGCAAGGUGGGGAACUGCCCAGGGGUCCCCGAAAGCUGCAGGUUUGUUACUCUAUUUCUAUCCGCAUAAUUUGAUUAAUUGCAAAUUUGUAAAAAAUUUCCACCACAUAAGUUUCCAUCUUGUGGCCCCCGUCUGAUGAGGGACCUUGUCUCAUAUAGUUUUAAGACCUUGAAUGUGUUAGUUUAUAUUGAUCUCCUUUGUUUUAAAGUUGUAUUUUAUUAAACUGCUUUAAUAUUU